UCCUGGUAUUUCCGGUCUCCAAAAUGACGGCCAACAAGUAGUUUUUUUUGUCUCGCUGAUCCUUCCAAAGUGUAUUUAUAGAAAUAUUACAUAUAAAUGUAUUGACAGGCACGAAUGUUUAGUUUAAUGCGCUAUUUGAAGAAAAUUUUAGCUCCAAAAUGAGCAACUGUUGCUGGAAAUUCAACGAGAAUAUUAAAGCCGUGUACAUAAACAAGGAAGAUGAAUCCGAGGAGCAAAAGACGGAGAACAUAUCCAGCAACUGGGCCCAGUUACCGGAUAUUUUACUCGAGGAAAUAUUUUCCCAUUUAACAGUUCGAGAAAGAUACGAUGCGUCAUUGGUCUGUCGAUCCUGGUACCGAGCUUUCAAAUUGCAAAAAGUCUGGUCCACAUUUACUUUCGAAGACACAACGCUUACGAGAGGAAAAUUUAAUUAUUAUAGUGGUUGGCAGUAUGUUCUAGAUCACAUCAGAGUAUCAAACUGUCUUAAUAAGGUCGGGAAAAAUUUUCGACACCUUAUAUUCGAGCCUAUGUUGAAUUUCUACAAUUUGUACGAAUUCAUGAACAUGUUAUCUUGGUAUACUGAACAACAAGGAUCUGACAAUACUUCGGUUGCUGGAGUGGGAACUCAUAUUCGUCGAUUAAAAUUUACAUUUAUUUGUAACAUGGCCAACAGGGACAAUCCUGAUAGAACAAGGCUUUUUGGAACCGGUGGAAAAUUACUAGAGGGUUUAAAGAGGCUCAUGUGCAAUUUAGUGAACUUGAAGUGUCUUGAACUUAUUGAUUUGAUGUUGGAGAAUAAGGAAGCACUUUAUUUGAUGGAUGAUAUCUGUGUCAAUCGUACACAGACUUUAUCCAAACUCGUGUUGAUUAACACUACGAAAGAGCCGUGUCCUCUCUUACAUGUUGGCGUAUUUCUCAAUUUGAAUACUCUAGUCAUCAGUCCUCAGAACUUAGAUGAGGAUGUUAUAGAACUGCUUGGUUAUACGAAGUUACAACACCUCCAUAUCGUACAAAAUCGCUACAGUCCCAAAGAUACGACUAUACGUUUGCCAAAGAAUUUCUCCUGGUCACAGAUGAGAUUAAACAAUCCCAAUCUAAAGGUGCACUUUGAAAUAGAAACUCAAAAAUCCAGCGAUAUGAUAUUGGCAGUGGAUUUAUUAAAUUACAAAUCAAUUCCUUGCUACAGCAUUGUCAUAGACAGUCCAAAGUCUCAGGUUCCAGUAUCUGCCAUACUAGAACACGCCUCGUGUUUCGGAUCAACGAUCAGAGCCUAUGCUUUCAAAGGAUUAUCCAGAUACUAUCUGCCCAAAAAUUUCUCAAAACGAAUAGACGAGGCUAUCGUCAGAUUUUGCCGAAUGUGUCCAAAUCUCCACACUCUGAUGAUUCAUGACAAAAUAUCAACGGCUACGAUCCUAGAAAUAGUAUCGACGGCAAAAAGAUUGCGCUAUUUAUACGUCCGGCGAAACGUGAUUUUAAAAAGAUGCGACCGGGAUUGGUCAAAUGUCACCGACUGGUCACCCAAUCAUUACCAGUGGAUUAAAAUGAAUAGCAAUAGUUACGAAGGCACUGAAAGGGAAGUAUCGAGAAUUUUGGGAUAUCGAUGGCACAUGCUUUCUGAAAAAGAAUUUAGAAAUCAGGAGGUGGAUUUGCACAUUUAGAUCCACUUCAUUUUUCAAAGACUGUAAAAAAAUCAUCAUUCACUAAAAUUCAUUUAUAUCAAGAUCAUUAAAUUAUAAAUUAUUUUUUGACAUCUUUAUUGUAACAAAUAAAAUCUAAACAUCAAAAAAUGAUACAAAUGAUGUAUUUAUUAAAGUUGUUAAAAAGUGUAGAUGUUAUGAAAAAACGUAAUAAACUUCU